AUGGCGAUCCAUGCCGACUACCCUGGCCUGACGGUUGAGAUCUACGUCGACGGCAAACCACUUGAGGAAUACAAGAACCCGGAAGAGGAAGAUGUGCCUAAGACAACCAUGCGAUAUGUUGAGCUUGCUGCAGAUCGAACCAUAAAAACUCCUUCACGGAUUACAACUGUGAAGGAAAAAGAGCCUUUCGCUACGUUCCAGUUCAAGUACCGCUCGAUUGCCGCACUCAAAUCUCUCGGCAUCAUUCCACCCUCACCGAUCCCCUCGUUAGACCCGCAGCCGGAUCGAAUGCUGAACGAGGAACCACCUGCUACUACUCCACAACCAAAAACCGCCAGCAGCACACCCACUCCGUCCCAACAGGAUUCCAGCCAACCCAUUCUUACCGAACACGACGGACUCAGAGAUUCCGAAAUCAUUGCUCUCAUCAAGCACUACCGGGGCGACACCAAGGGACUGGCGGGUCAAAGCCGGAAGCGUCUACUGCUACUGCUCAAGCAUUACGAGGAAGAAGACGCGGAAAGCGUACAGAUCAAGCAAGAGCCCAUCUCGAAUGCAUCGCAGACGCGGAUCAAGCGCGAGUACGCUGAUGAUGGCGCUGCACGCGGACAGGGAAAGAAGCGCAAGCCUGAAGUCAUAGUCCUGGAUGAUUAA